AUGGCGCUGGACUGCUACCGGACGGAUGACAUGUACAAGGCGCUCAUGGUCUCCGGCGGCACCCUGCCAAGAGCCAAGAAGGGUUCUCCAAUGGGCUGGAAGAACGUGAGCCAGACAUCUGAACAUUACAGAAAAAUAGUUACUUUGGAGAAGGAAGAAUCUGAAACUUUUGGGUUUGAGAUUCAGACCUAUGGAUUGCACCAUAAAGACAAGAAUACAGUGGAAAUGUUUACAUUUGUCUGCCGGGUACAUGAAGGAAGCCCCGCUAUGCUGUGUGGCCUAAAAGUUGGUGAUAUAAUUGCUGGAGUUAAUGGUCUCAAUGUGGAAGGAAUCAGACACAAGGAAAUUGUAGAGCUGAUAAAGGUUUCUGGGAAUAAAAUAAGGCUGGAGACUGUUUAUGGUUCUUCCAUCAGGAGAGCUGAAUUGGAGGCCAGGCUCCAGUAUCUAAAGCAAACUUUGUAUGAGAAAUGGGAGGAAUAUCGCUCGCUCAUGGUGCAGGAGCAGAGACUCCUACAUGGCAUUGUUGUGAAGGACCCCAGCGUGUAUGACACAUUGGAAUCCGUCAGGUCAUACAUCUAUGGGACAGUGCCUCAAUGCACCAAAGAACCAAGCACCUUGGCCACUGGAAGUAUAUGCAGUAGUGCAAGUUGCUUGAGUACUGCUGAAGACAAUGAGGAUGCUGUGUAUCAGACCUGCUACUUCAGCUCAGACUCUACAGAUGAAAUCAACAACAUUCCCAACAAAAACACACUCAAGCCUUUUAAGUCACCACUGACUCGUAGCUCAAGUGUAAAGUGUGCAAGCCCUGCAACGAACUGGGAUAAGCCAAAAGAGCAGAGUACAUUUGUAUCUUUACCCAGGAAAAAAAACACAAAAGUUUUCGCAAAAGACUCUUAAAGUUUAUUCCUGGACUAAACAGAUCAUUGGAAGAGGAGGCCAGCCCUCUUUAG